AUGUCUCUCCAGAACACCCACACAUCACCAUUUCAGCAGGUCGACUAUGCCACUGCCACCGCCGCCGCGUGCAUCGAAGCCUUGAAGCACGACGGCGCCGUCAUUGUUAAAAAGGUGCUUCCGCCCGACAUUUUGGAUCAAAUCAAACAAGAUGUCGCCCCAGCCUUUGCGCGGGACGUGCCCUUUGCCAAGUCCAACGUCUUUCCCAAGGAAACUCGCCGCGCCAACGGCCUCAUUGGCAAAUCACCCGCCUUUACCAACCAGAUCAUCGGCAACCACCUCUACCAGUCCGUCUGCGACGCGCUCCUUACAAAGUCGCACGAAAUGGUCUGGGGCGCGGAACGACAAACCAAGACGUUAAGGCCCAUUCUGGACGCCACGACGUGCUUCUCCGUCGGGCCCGGCGCGGGGGACCAGCCGCUACACCGCGACGACUCGCUGCACCACAACAUUCUAUCCGAGAUUGCGUCGGCCGAGGCGUACAAUGUCGGCCGCGACGAUAUUGUAGCCAUGUUUAUUGCGGGCACCGACACGACCGAGGCAAACGGCGCGACGAGACUGAUCCCAAAAUCGCAUCUGUGGGGAAUGGACGCCAUGCCGCAGGAAAAGGACGCCUUCCACGUCGAGUUACACGCCGGGGAUGGCCUCAUCAUGCUGGGGAGCUGCUUUCACGGCGGCAGUGCCAACACGACCGCUGACGAAUAUCGCCUGGUAUUUGCGGCUUUCAUGACAAAGGGAAUCAAUCGCACGGAAGAAAACCACUUUUUGGCCAACUCGCUCGACGACUUCAAGAAAUAUAGCAGAGAGAUUCAGAACAUUGCUGGGUUUAGAAUGGGGCCCCUUGGAUGGGUCGACUUUAGAGAUCCAAAGCACUUGUUGGCCGAUGAUCCAGCGCUUUGCCCGCCUGGCUAUAACGAAGAUAUUUGA